AUAUCUUCGCCGUGAGUACAUUUGCUCGGUGCUUGGUUUUGAUGGUCAGCCUAAAGCUUUGAUUCUUGAUCCAUCUCAGAGGGUGCUUUACCAUGGCCAGCCCAAAAUGUUUAGUCGGUUUGGAGGAGCUGAGGGUGGUGCUUUUCCCUUCACUCCGGAUAGAGUGGGUGCUUAUUUACGCCAUGAACGUGGUUGGCAUGAUCACUACUCCCUCAAUGAGCUUUUGGGCCUUAGAGACACUGAUGUUCUCUACAACAUUGGGUAUUAUCAUGCUGGCAGUGAUCGGUUGGAGGAUGAGGAGGAUGGUCGUCGUGGUAUAACUAUUUCAGAACUUAAAAGAAAGUUUGUGGGGAUUUAUGUGUGCUUUGAUGGUAGCAGUUUAUAUGAGCUUGAGGCGGUUUACAAGGAAUGUUGUAAACGGGGGAAAGAGUGUGAGCUUGAGAUUGUGGUGGUGGGUGUUCCCUUUGUUGGGAUGGAGCCCCCAAAGUUGAUGGAGAAGUUUAUGAUUGAAGCUCUUGAGAGUGUUAAGCUGCUAGGCUGGUGGUUUUUGCCUUUCAACAACACUGUGAGCCAUAGGCUAUGUCGGAUGCGAAGUGACAGUCAGGAGGAUGGCCUUUUCAUUGUGGAUCCUGUUAGAAAGUACGUGGAUGUAUACGGAUUUCCAGUCAUGGCUGACUUUGGCGGCGUGGACGCUUAUCCCUUCAACAGGAGGAAUUUGAUCGAGAAGGAGUUCGAAAGGAAAAUGGGACUGAGAUUGAAGUCAUUACUACCUUCCUGUUGGGAACAACAUGUAAUUAAAAGGCUCAAUAAUAUGGAUGAGGAGGUUCCUUUGGCACAAGUGCUUGAGAAGAUGCCUUUUGUUGUUCUUUAUAUGUACAAAGGGGGGAAAGUCUUUGAAAAAAAAAAUAAAAUAUGGUGGGGGUAUGAGGAUGGUGAUAAACUGGCGGCAUGGUAUAAGAAUGAAAUUAGGGGAAAGGGGCAUUCAUCUAGUGUGGUGGUGGUUACUGUGAGCAUGGAUGGCAUUGAUGGUGAUACUGAUUGGUUCCUUGAAACGGGGUGGUCGGUGUGCCCUGCAGACCCACUCAAGUCAGCCAAAAUUCGCGAUGAAUACUUCUUCCAUCGUCAAUGUAGGCCAGACGAGGUGGUUGUUGCAUUCGGGGAUGAUGGUCGGAUUCAAUCUUUGGAUGCGUCUCAUAUUAUGGAAUGUCAAGGCCCUCCUUUCCAUGCCAAUAAUCUACAUGCGGAGAUUGCUAAGGAAUUUUAUAAGACUGGGUUUCUUUACAUGUAUCAUGCUGCAGCACUUUGACUACCUGGCUCCCAAUGCAUGUUACAUCCCCACUUAUAUAUCGUCGUCCCAGGGGUCAUUUGUAUGCAUUGACAAAACCACCGACAUUCUACUCAUGGCUAUCAAGUCAUCUACUAUGCAUCCGGUUGCUGGGAAGGGACAAUAGAGUAGUCUUAAUCUG